AUGCACUUUCCCUCACCAACCGGACCCCACAGCUAUCGACUCGACAGCACCCACUUCUCCCACCUCCAGGAGCUCCGCCGCUCUCUGUCGCGCUCACCCUCCAAACAGUCGCGCUUCCAGCUCCGCAACUCCGACACGCCCCGCUCUCCCAUCUCGCCCCUCGCCAUUGCGCGCGCAUUCUCUCCCAAGGCGAACAAGGUUACCAGCCCCAUCGCCAACUUCCCUGAGUCACCACUAGCGCAAGCUGCACCGGCCAAGAAGAAGUUCUCCUUGCGACGCUCAGGCCCUUUCCGGUCAUCGCCGCGCACGCGCAACAGCAACUCCAAGAGUCCCCGGCGACGCGCCUUGGCCGAGACCUCCGACGUGGGCAACGCGACGCCCUUCAUUACGCGACACUCGCCCGGCCAAGAAAACAUCCCCGCGCGACGCCCAAGCGCAGAGUCCCCGGACACCAUGGACAUGGACAAGCGACUAGAAGUCGACGACAAGCCCAUCAAGUUCGAGUUUGCGCGCCGCCCCGAGCUGUCGCCCGCGCCACCAGCAAAGUCGAGCCCGCUCAAGCGCAAUGACGGACUGAUGAACCUCAGCGGUUCGCCCGGAUCCAGUCCCAUGGCAAAGCGCCGGAGCCUGCAUGGCGUGUCGAGCCUCGGAAACGACUUCGAGAGCAUAUUCGACCCGUCCCCCGCACCGCGCAUCUCUGCCGAUGAGAGCUCGCGCUUGUACAACGACAUGACGAACGGCUUCUCCUUCAACAGCUCACCUAUUUCGGGUGCUACAUCACCAGUCCGCCGCACAACGUCACUGCGCAGGUCGACCCUAUCACAGCGAUCCAACACCCCGCGGAAGCCGAGCAACGAUGGCGAGUUCGCAAUGCCUGGGCCGGCUGCCUCCAAGACGCGCAACCGCAUGUCCCUCGACAGCACCGUCAACUCAACCACCCAAACACCGCCCGUCCAGACGCCUUUCCGCAAGUCUACCUUUGACGCCGGGCGCAUGGGCUUGCCAACGCCAUUCCCCCGCGGAGCCGGUGCAGCACAGCCGCACCCACUCUCACACGCGCAUACACCAUCUUCUGCUUCAUCCAGCCUGAGCGGCACACCAAUGGCUCCUCCCCGGGCUCCAGCCGUUCAAUGGGGCGGCCCUGCAUUCCCCCCGCCUCCGAUGCCCAACAACCCACACUUCUCUCGCUCACUUCCCAUCGGUAUCGGGCGCCCACAUGCCCCAGAUGGCGAGCAGUCGACGCAAGACUCGUUCGACACGCCCUUCAAGAUUGCGCCACCGGCACCUGUCGCCUUCUCGACCGGCCUUCUGUCCAAGAAGAACCGCAAUGCGGAUGAGCCUGCAGCAGGAGGCAUCUAUGUCAUGCCCGACACGCCAUCCAAGCGCCAGUCUUUCCCCCCUGCCGCAGCAGACCGCACUGUCAACCUUGACACACCCUUGGUCAAGAGGAGUGGCAGUCUCUUUGGCAAUGAAGCUCGCCCGCAACAUCAGUUCGGCACGCCUAGCACACCGUUCAGUGCAAACGUAUCCAAGUUUUCAACAGAGGCUUUCGGCAGUCGACCAAGCAUCUUCGGUGGUAUGAGCGGUACCAUGCAACGCCGAGGCAGCUUUGUGAGUAUCGACGGAGAUAACGAUGAGGAUGUCCAGCCGGACACACAAUCACCGACAGCGAACCGGAUGGGCGACAGUCAAUCCAGCGCGGAUGACAUGCCACCCACACCGACCAAGCCCAGUCAUGGGUCCAGCCGUCGUUCAAAGGAGAGCAGCCUGCGACGUAAGACGUUCCGCUCGCGCCCUUCCAUUGGUCAAGACACAUUUGCAGUACCCGACAAUGAUGGUCGGCCAACGACAGCUGGAAGCCUCUUUGGCGCACCAUCACCACAGACUCCCGCGCACGAGUCUUUCGCCCCUCUUGAUGCGAGCAAGCUGUCGAUCUCCGGUAACCGACGGGGAUCGUUCCCUUUCAACAGCAGCUUUGGCUCCUUUGCGCCCGCCACACCGACAACGCCACGUGACUCCGGCUUCUUUGGAAGUGUCCAAGGAGCCAUCCCCAUCGGUCUAACAAAGAACGACGUGGAUGAGUCCUUGAGUGAACGAUUCCAUGAGAUCAAGCCUCUCGAUGGCGGAGAGGGCGAAUUCUCUACAGUGUACCGUGUGAGUCAGCCGGUCAAGGUCUCGCCGCUGAGGUCGCCCGCCGGCAGCCAAGUAUGGGUUGUAAAGAAGUCGAAGAAGGCCUACAUUGGCGCAGGAGACCGUCAGAAGAAGAUGCGUGAGGUCGACAUCCUCUACGCUCUCCAGGGCCACGAGCACGUGUUGGACAUCAAGACCCACUGGGAAUUUGACCAACACCUAUACAUCCAGACCGAGUAUUGCGAGGGCGGUAACUUGAGGAAAUACCUCGACACCGUUGGCUUUAAUAGCCGUCUCGAUGACUUCCGCAUCUGGAAGAUCCUGCUCGAACUUCUGAUGGGUCUCAAAUCCAUUCACGAUGCUGGCUACAUCCAUCUCGACCUUAAGCCUGCUAACAUCCUCAUCGACUUUGAGGGUGGACUGAAGAUUGCCGACUUCGGUUUAGCGAGUCAGUGGCCAGCUCCAGCUGGUAUUGAUGGCGAAGGCGACCGCCACUACCUUGCACCCGAGCAACUCUCUGGUCGGUUCGAUAAGCCUGCCGACGUCUUUGCCCUUGGCAUGAUGCUGGCCGAAAUUGCCGGCAACUGCGUAAUUCCUGAGAACGGCGACUACUGGCAAAAGCUACGAUCGGGCGAGUUCGAGAACGUGCUUCCCAGUCUGACUUGGAGCGCCGACAGCAGCACACUUAGUCGGGACUCCCAUGGCGACCCGGUCUCUGAGCCAGCGAGGCCUUCUAUGGAUGGCUUCCUCAUGUCGGACGCCGCAGAAGACUCAAUGGCGUCCAUUACAGUCAAGCCAGCCUCUAACCCUGAGGAGGAGCUGGCCCGUGCACCUUCAUUCAUGGUGCAGCGCAACGACCCUAACUCGAUGGACCACGUCGUCUACGCCAUGCUGAACCGAGACCCCGACAUGCGACCAACUGCCGAGCAAGUCCUUCAAUGCUACGGUUGCCGAUGGGUUGAGUCAAGACGCCGCGCUGGUGCCACCAUCUACGAAGGCAAUUUCGGACCCAGCGAUGAAGUCCUUGCCACUUACGCCGAUGAACACCAGGACGGCCUCUUCGAGGAUAUGAUGGAUAUGAGCUAA